CUAAGCCGCAACCUGUCCUCACUUUCGAAUUUGCCACCGGCGCAACACUAUCAAGAUAAAGACCAUGAAGCUCUUCUCCACCGCAUUCGCCGUGCUCGCACUCCUUGCUGCUGGUGCCAAUGGAUCGCCGAUGAUGCGUCAGGAGGCGGAAGCCGGUGGCCCGUGCAACCUCACUGGCACCUACAAGGCAGGUACCGACAUCUCUUCCUGCAGUUCUGUCACUGUGGGGCCUCUGACUGUCCCUGCCGGAGUCACGUUGGACUUGAGUCGGACCAAGAAUGGCGCUACCAUCACCUUCACAGGCACCACUACCUUCGGUACUGCUAAGUGGGAUGGUCCGCUGGUGCGUGUGAGCGGCAACUCUCUAACCGUUCAAGGCUCCGGUACGCUCGAUGGCCAGGGCUCUUGGUACUGGAAGCAAGGCACUUCCAUCACACGCCCUGUAUUCUUCAAGCUUCAGAACGUCGUUGGUUCCACAGUGUCGGGCUUCACGCUGAAGAACUCGCCGUUCCGCACGUUCAGCAUCGUCACCAGCCGGGAUACGACUAUCUCUGGUCUUACGCUCGACUCCAGCUCCGGUAAUGGCAUUGCCAAGAACACGGACGGCUUUGGGUUAACCAAGAACGACCACGUUACCAUUUCGGGCAACAAGAUCUUCAACCAGGAUGACUGUUUGGCCAUGCAGUCGAGCACCAACACGUUCUUCCGGAACAAUUACUGCAGUGGCAGCCACGGUAUCUCCAUUGGAUCCCUAGGUGGUAAUGCUGUGGACCAGUCGACGACGGUCACGGGUCUUACUGUUGAGGGCAACACUAUCGUUAACAGUGACAACGGUCUUCGUAUCAAGACUGUGAUUGGAUUAAAGGGAUUGGUUUCCAACGUCAAGUACAUCAACAACAAGCUCGAGAACGUGGAGAACGCUAUUGCCAUCCACUCGGACUACAGUCGAUCCAAGGGAGCCUACUCUGGUGCACCUACUAGUCUGGUUACCAUCACGGACAUCACCGUUGACGGACUUACUGGCUCAGCCCAGAACAUCUAUGACAUCGUGGUGAACCCCAAGGUGGUGUCGAACUGGAAGUUCUCAGGUAUCAGUGUAUCUGGUGCAAAGGGUGUCUGCAAGGGCCAGCCGAGUGGCAUCACCUGCUAGAUGAAACCGUACCAGUUCCAAGCAGGGGUCAUUGGUCUGUAGCAGAAUGAGCGGCAGAUGCUCGAGAGUAGCGUAAAGCAGCAACUUUUUUUUUUUAAAACAAUUUAACGCGCCACAAUGUUGCUUCCA